UCACGAUAACUGCCGAUAUAAAUUUUUUCAAACAAAAACACACUUUGUCAUAUGCAGCAUCGAAUAGUGAUUGAUUCUGGUUUUACUUGAAAAUAAUGGAGAAAUUAUUGGAGAAUUUUAGUGUCGAUUAAAACUAUAGACUUAAUUAUAACAUCACGCUACGAAUAAUGGGAGCAGAGCAUGAGAAAUAUUGCACAAAUGUUGAAAAUGUAUUCUUAUAAUCACGCACAAAACAUUGAAAUCUACACAAUGUUUCUCCUGGUUUAAUGCAGUUCUGUUCAAUCGUGCUCAGUUGGUUCGCAAAGAAAACAACGCAGAGAUAAAAUUAUGUAAAUGUUUGUGACAAUCAACUUGAUGAGGUAAACUCCCCUUUAGACUUUAUGAGAAAUUAGAACGCGUUACAUGGAGACAAAUAUAUCGACAUAACAACGUCAAUUCAAGUGAAUUUUGAUUUGAGAAUAAACUAUGGUUAGAAUAACUGAAGAUUUGGUAAGAAAAAAAGCGGAACAUAACGAAUGUAUAAUUGGAACUUUAGAAGAAUUGUCUUUGCAUCAAGAAGAUGUGGAAAAAAUAGAGCACCUUAACAACUGGUGUAAAGAUUUACAAAUUUUAUAUCUGCAAGCUAAUCUAAUACCUAAAAUAGAAAAUUUGAACAAGUUGAAAAAGUUGCAGUAUUUGAAUUUAGCUAUUAAUAACAUCGAAAAAAUCGAGAAUUUGGAAAGAUGCGAGUCUUUAGAAAAAUUGGAUUUAACAUUAAAUUUCAUAGGAGAUCUAGAAAGUGUAUGUACUUUGAAACCCAAUUUACAUUUAAAAGAAUUAUAUCUAACGGGAAAUCCGUGUUGUGAUUAUGAUGGUUACAGAAAUUACGUAGUGGCAAAGUUGCCGCAGUUACAAAAACUUGAUUCGACAGAAAUUACUACAAGUGAAAGAAUUAAAGCUCAACAAAUUAUCGACAAAACUGAAAAACGCAUAAAGGAAGCCCAAAACAAGUAUUUUAAAUGGAGACAAGAGCAGAAAGAAAGAAUGUCCAAAAUAGAUUAUUCAGGUAUUUCUAAUGACGAUUUUUGGAAGAUGUCUAGUGAGAACUGUCCCGAAACAAGAGUAGAAAUAUCACAAAGGCAACGUAAUAAAGACAGACCUCCAACAGAUAUCAGUGAAAAUAUUCCAAAAUCAUCUGUGAGACUUUUUACAAAAGAUGGAAGACCUUUGAAUGUAAACCAAGCCAAACUGGAUUUCACUUUUAAAGAUGAUAACCCCAAACAAUUCGUUUUAGAUAUUGCGGUUUAUAAAUUUUUAGAUAGCAAUUUGAUAGAUGUAGAUCUACAACCAAUUUACGUUAAAAUUACGAUCAAAGAUAAAGUGUUUCAAAUUGUUUUCCCUGAAGAAGUACUGGUUGAGAGGAGCGUAGCUCAGAGAUCUCAAACUACCGGACAUUUGGUUUUAAAUUUAUUAAAAGCAAACUAUAAGGAACCCGAAUGUGCGAAUAAGGAAGAAACAAUUGAAAAAACUAGCACCAAGUAUCUGGAAGUUGAAGGGAUCAAAGAUGACAUGGAUUUUAGUAAAAUCGUUGAAAGAAGUAAUCGAGUUAAAGAUUUGUAUAGCAACCCUGAAAUUCCACCUUUGGAGUAUGCGUAAUUUUUCUGUUAUCAAUAUAAAAAUGAAACAGUAAGUCGUUAAGAAAUAUUCGAAAUAUCUAAAUAAAAUUUGUGGAAAA